CAACACCUUUUCAAAACACAUCACAUUUCGAUGAAGAAACGAAAUCGACCCGUCUUCCUAAAAGAUGAACCUCGUUCAUUUGAAGAAGUGCUAUAUAUAGCGCUGGAGAAGUUGGACGACCCAACACAUGCACCACGCACUGAGGCGGGACAACCAUACACAGGGCACAGUUACUGCGCACUGAGCACAAAUAUCACACAUUCUAAUGUUGACUGCAGGCACCUUAAACUAUUUAACACGCACAUCGCCUACGUGGAUUUAGAUACUUCUGCCAGGUAAACUGGAGAUCACCUGUCCCCCCACCGCAUCAAGCUUGUUCAACGACAUCAUCACUCAGCUAUGGCUGGCCUCGGCAUCAUGCAUAACGACCAAUCUCUGGUCUCUUUCCCCAGCGUUCAGUCUAUCCCCUACUCUCCAGAAUCUGGGGUUAUCUCGGUGGCCAGCACAAAGCCCAAACUGUCGCAUAUCGUCUGCUUCCCAUUCAGGCAAAUUAGAGCCAGUAUGGCUCGUAGGCUGCAUAUACUUUGCAGGCGGUGAGGGGGUUCAAAAGCAUCGGAAAGGUCUUUUGGAGAAUAGGUUGUUUAUGGAAGGUUAACUGCUUGGUUCUGCUGCCGCUAGAUUUUAUAACAGACGCUAGAAAUGUGUGGUGUAAACCGUUCAGAUGAUCUCAAAGAAACUG